CCCAGCAGCAGGGGGCGCUGUAGGCCGUUUCUGGUUAACUUUAAACGGACAACAUCCGCCGCGGCUGUCGGUGGUCUGGCGCUGUGAGCUUUGUUUUGAAUCCAGGAGAUAUCUACUUCUCAGCUGAUUAAAACAGGAUGGCAGAGGAGGCAGACGGUGGGGUUUCUUCACGGGCGGAGAGAAAAGCUUUAGAAAAAGCUAAAAUACUGCAACGGGAAAACGAGAGGGAGAUCUUCAGACUGGUUGGACGGGUCCUGAAGAAACCGGAGUCUGAGCGGUCAGAGGAGGAGGCGGCUGCGCUGCUGCUGCACAGAGACACUGUGGAGGAGCUCUGCAGGAGACAAGUCCGCAGAAAUGUACUCAAGAGGAAGCAGGAGGAGGUGUGUGAUGAUGCUGAUGAGCUGAAACGUAAAGUCAGGGAGCUGGCUGCAGCAGUCAAACAAGCAAAACACUUUGUGGUUUACACUGGAGCCGGGAUCAGUACGGCAGCUUCUAUCCCAGAUUACAGGGGCCCUAAUGGGGUGUGGACACAACUGCAGAAGGGCCGGACAGUCAGUUCGUCUGACCUGAGUAAAGCAGAGCCGACCUUCACGCACAUGUGCAUCAGGACGCUUUAUAAGGAAAUGAUGGUGAAGCAUGUUGUGUCUCAAAACUGUGAUGGACUUCACUUACGUAGUGGUCUUCCCAGACACGCCCUUUCUGAGCUCCAUGGAAACAUGUUUAUUGAGGUGUGUACGUCCUGUUCCCCAGUCAGGGAGUACGUGCGUUUAUUUGACGUGACCGAGCGGACAUCGCUGCACCGCCAUGGGACAGACCGCAGGUGUAGCCACUGUGGCGGUGAACUCAGGGACACAAUAGUGCACUUUGGGGAACGAGGGACCUUAGAGCAACCUCUCAACUGGAAGGGAGCCACAGAGGCUGCCAAGAAGGCGGAUGUUAUCCUCUGCUUAGGCUCCAGUCUGAAGGUGCUGAAGAAAUACGCUUGUCUGUGGUGCAUGAACAGACCAGCAAGCAAAAGGCCCAAACUCUACAUUGUCAACCUCCAGUGGACACCAAAAGAUGAUCUGGCCGUACUGAAAAUAAAUGGCAAGUGCGAUGAUGUCAUGAGCCUUCUCAUGGAGGAGCUGAACAUUCAGGUUCCUGUGUAUGACAGGGCAAAGGACCCUAUCUUCAGCCUGGCCACACCGCUGCGUCUAGAGGAGGUAAACAGCCAUACUCGUGACGUCAUAGCUCCGCCUGCUGGGCAUGAGGACUGCUCCGGUGACACUGGGGACCAGGCAGAAGCCACAGCUGUGCAGGGCGGCUGGUUUGGACGAGGCUAUGGCAAAGGAAGGAAGAAGAAAAAAGCUGCAUAAACAUGCAGACUUAGCAGAAAAAUGCUUAGUUAUGAUCAAGUAUGUUGUGAUGAAUCCCAACCUGGGAUUCAACUUUCAGUCCCAUGAUGAGUCGGACUUAAAACUUUAAGGUGCUGUUAUGUAUGUGCUGUGAUGUCUUUUGGCUACAUUGGUAACAUUCAGUCAUAUGCAGUGUGUAUGUGUGUAUGAAGGAAAGAAUGAGUUUGGAUUUGUGCCAUAUGAUAAUGGCACUUUGCAUCAUGACUUUAUUAUUUUAUACAACAUUCUGAGUGACAGCUAGAUCUGAAAGUGGCUCUUGUUAUGCUGCUGUUGUUUCUUAUGUUACUACUUUUAUGGCAGCUAAGCUAGCUUGGUUAACAUCCAAAGAAAGUUUUGAAGUCACUCCUGCAACAUAAUCCUGUCUGCUGUCCCCCUGUAUGCUCAGUAUAUCACAAACGAUCAUGUUUUUACAGCCAUGAGACUCAGAACAUAAGUGGGUUUUUUUGUGGAGUGUCACUUUAAAAUUCUAAUGUCACUUUAAAUUCUAUUUAAUGUGUACUGGAUUAUUGUUUUUACCAAGAUGGUAAUGGGUGCACUGCAGUAAGCAAUUCAAUGUGCAUUAGCUAGAUGUAAAUGGCCAUUAAAAUACUGGUGCCUGAAGUGUUAGAUAGGUGUUAUUGUGCAGUUUUAUAAGUGGCAAAUAACAGCAGCAAACCAACAGCCAAUUUUCAAGUUCUGUGCUGCCAAUUUUUACAGAGAAGAGAUUUUAAAAGGUUCAGGAGGUCAAACAUUUGCUACAUGUAGUGUUCAGAGUAAAUUAUAUUUUUGUAGACUAUUUCAGAUGUUAAUGACUUGAACUGUUGAAUGUACCUUUUCCAACAGAGCUCAUUUGUGUUGAUCGUGACUGAAAAGGUAUUUUGGUUUACUUAAAUGAUUUCCUGACCUCACAGUUGACCUUCACUCUGCUGUCACCUACCCUCAGGUUUGCAGGCCACGCAGUACAGCUGCUACCUUGGUUUACUGAAGUUGUUGAUUCUGUGUUUACAUUUUUAUUUUUAUUUUUUUUUUCUGCAGUCAAUGCAGAGACUCUGCUGCUGUCACUCCUUUUGUUCCAGCAGUGUAAGAAGGAAAGCUGAUUUUGAAUUUUGACUUGAAUUUUGAUCAGUUGUUGGUUUGUAUCAUGUUAAGUUACUGUUUACUUAGGAGAUAGGAAAUGACCAAAUAGGUAUCUGUUCAUUUGUUUCAGGAAGAUUCAGUCGUAUUAAUAAUCGCAUCAUGUACCAUAAAGUGUCAGAGGUUAUGAAAGGCCAAACUAGCCGUGGUGAGCUAGUGUCCAGCAUUCCUAAAACUCCCACCAGUGCUAAAACUGGAUGUGAAGACUCAUUACUUUCCUCGGUGUUUUGCUAAAAAGAAAAAUGCUAUAUUUGUGAGACAAUAAAGUGUUCCUCAUGAUAAUCUGUA